CGGAUGGAUUAGGAAGAAGAUUACAUGGCAACAGCUAGAGCAGGAAGUUGAGAAGGCAGUUCACUCAGAAUUGCCUCAUCCACACUGAAACUUCGACCACUCUCAGCUUCCUUUCGCUCUAAAAAUGCUUCUUCAUACUCCAUCAUCGCCAUGUCUUUCAUUCAAGAUUAUCAAAGCACAAUCAAAACCAGAUAACGUUCUGCUACUCUCGGCUUUCAAGUCGUUGGUUCAUAACCAAAGAAUUGAUAGGUCCAUUUCCGUAUUACGUGGAAGCUCCAUUCCGAGUUCAGUUGCUAGAAAUGCUGCUUCUACUGAAGCUGGUGCUUCUGUAAUGUCCACUGAGACGGCUGAGGCUGAUGUACUAAGAGCGUUGUCGCAAAUUAUCGACCCAGAUUUUGGAACAGAUAUUGUCUCAUGUGGUUUCGUGAAAGAUCUUCAAAUUGAUGAGGCUUUAGGAGAGGUUUCUUUCCGGUUAGAGCUCACUACACCAGCAUGUCCAGUCAAGGACAUGUUUGAACAGAGAGCGAAUGAGGUAGUAGCAGCAAUUCCUUGGGUAAAAGAUGUGAAAGUGACAAUGUCAGCACAACCAGCAAAGCCUAUUUAUGCUGGGGAACUUCCACCUGGGUUGCGGAGAAUCUCAAACAUUGUGGCAGUUUCUAGUUGCAAGGGAGGUGUAGGGAAAUCAACUGUAGCUGUAAAUCUGGCGUAUACUUUGGCUGGUAUGGGUGCUAGAGUUGGUAUUUUUGAUGCUGAUGUUUAUGGACCAAGUUUGCCCACUAUGGUUUCCCCUGAAAACAGACUGCUAGAAAUGAACCCAGAGACGAGAACCAUUAUUCCAACUGAAUACUUGGGAGUCAAGUUGGUAUCCUUUGGAUUUGCAGGACAAGGUCGUGCCAUAAUGCGAGGUCCAAUGGUUUCUGGUGUCAUUAACCAGCUACUGACUACUAGUGAAUGGGGGGAGUUGGAUUAUCUAGUCAUUGACAUGCCCCCCGGAACUGGUGACAUUCAACUCACUCUUUGUCAGGUGGUCCCUUUAUCUGCUGCUGUUAUUGUAACCACGCCUCAAAAAUUAGCAUUCAUUGAUGUUGCAAAAGGAGUUCGCAUGUUUUCAAAACUGAAGGUGCCCUGUGUUGCCGUGGUUGAGAACAUGUGCCAUUUUGAUGCUGACGGAAAACGUUAUUACCCAUUUGGCAGAGGUUCAGGUUCUCAGGUGGUUCAGCAGUUUGGAAUUCCUCACUUGUUUGAUCUUCCCAUUAGACCUACUCUAUCAGCAUCAGGAGAUAGUGGCAUACCUGAAGCGGUGGCUGAUCCUCAAGGUGAAGUCGCCAAGACAUUUCAGGAUCUUGGGGUCUGUGUUGUGCAACAGUGUGCCAAGAUCCGGCAACAAGUAUCAACAGCCGUUACUUAUGAUAGAACAAUCAGAGCAAUCAGGGUGAAGGUACCUGAUUCUGAUGAAGAAUUCCUUUUGCAUCCUGCGACCGUGAGACGAAAUGACCGCUCUGCCCAGAGUGUGGACGAAUGGACAGGUGAGCAAAAACUGCAGUACGCUGAUAUUCCAGAAGACAUUCAACCUGAGGAAAUCAAGCCCAUGGGGAACUAUGCUGUGACAAUUACCUGGCCCGACGGAUUUAACCAGAUUGCUCCCUAUGAUCAACUGCAAAUGAUGGAGAGGUUAGUUGAUGUUCCUCAGCUAACUCCUGCCCAGGCAGUUUAGAGUUACAGCAAAUUUAAAACUUAGGCUAAGAGAAAUCAAGAUUGUUGAAUUAAAAGCAUCCCAGUUUGGAUGGAGUUAGAGAUAGAUAAAUCCUUUUUUUUUCAGUCCUUUUUCAUGUAAUAUUGUAAUGUAAUAGAUGCUUAAAAGCAGCUGAAAUGGUGAAAUAUGAAUCUCAAACAGUAAAUUAGAGAAAUUUAUCUGCUUCUUUUGUUGUUCU